UGGAGAGAGCGGUGCUGGAAAAACCGAGAGUACAAAGCUAUUGUUGCAGCAUAUAAUGAACUUAUGCAAAGGCAACUCACAGCUGGAGCAGCAGAUCCUUCAGGUAAAUCCUUUGCUUGAAGCUUUUGGCAAUGCCCAGACUGUGAUGAAUGACAACAGCAGCCGCUUCGGAAAAUACAUACAGCUGCGUUUCCAGAAAAAUACAGUGCAAGGUGCAAAGCUGAGUGAGUACCUGUUAGAGAAGUCACGGGUAGUGCAACAAGAUACUGGGGAGAGGAAUUUCCAUAUCUUCUACUACAUGUUUGCUGGACUGUCUUCAGAGGAAAAGGAGAUGUAUGGACUGUUGGAUCCUACACUCUACAGGUACAUAAGUGGACGAUUUGGUACACAGGAUGUAGCUCAGCGCUGGAAACGCAAAUACCAAGAGGUGUGCAAUGCCCUUGACAUGGUGGGCUUCCAAGAACAGGAGCAAGUGGACAUGCAGGCUAUCUUGGCUGGUGUGUUGUCUCUGGGCAAUGUGACCUUUGAGUCUGAGGAGACCAAUGGUUCAGUAAAAGUGCGUGAAGCCUCCCAGGGAUGGCUGAAGGCUGCAGCGGGUCAGUUCGGAGUCCAAGAAGAUGAACUAUUAAAAUGCCUGAUUUGUACAAUGUCGGUGACCCGAGGUGAGCAGAUUCAGCGUUUUCACACCCAGCAGCAGGCAGAAGAUGCUCGGGACUCCAUUGCAAAGGUAGCGUACAGCCGAGUAUUUGACUGGAUCGUUUGCAAGAUCAAUGAGCUGCUGGCCGAGAACGUGGAUCCUGAGGUGGAAUUGAGGGAGAUAGGUAUCUUGGAUAUAUUUGGGUUUGAAAACUUUGCAGUGAAUCGUUUCGAACAGCUUUGCAUAAACUUGGCCAAUGAACAGCUGCAGCACUUCUUCAACCAUCACAUUUUCCAGCUGGAGCAAGCUGCCUAUAAGGAGGAAGAGCUGCCUUGGGAGACUAUCACAUUCAAAAAUAAUGAACCUAUUCUGAAUCUGCUACUGGCUAAGCCACUUGGGCUCCUGUCUCUUCUGGAUGAGCAGAGUGCGUUCCCUCAGGCAACUGAUAAGACAUUUGUGGAUAAACUAAACAGCAGCUUCAAGGGGAAUUUGCACUUCCAGCAAGGCCGAGGCUGUGUCUUGGGCUUCAGCAUCAUUCACUAUGCUGGGAAAGUGCAAUAUACUGCUGGGGGCUUUCUAGAGAAGAACAGAGACACCUUGCCAGCCAACGUCCGCGGGCUCUUCAUCAACAGCAUCACCCCCUUGCUCAGUGUGCUGUUCACAGCUACUAUCUCCAGGACAGGGACACUGAUGCCUCAUGUGAAAGCCAAGGUCAUACCAACAGCAGACGACAAGUUCAACAGCACACGAAAACAAUCUGCUGGAGCGCAGUUCCGGCAUUCCCUGAUGGUGCUCAUGGAGAGGAUGUACUCUGCCAACCCUCACUUCGUGCGCUGUAUAAAGCCCAACAGCCAGAAGGAGCCAGGUGUGGUGGACAGCCAGGUGGUCCUACAGCAGAAAGAAACUCCCAUCCAGUCCCCAUGCCACGGAAGAGGCGCCCUCAGCCCUGUCCCCAUCCUCCUGUCCACACCUUUCGAUAACUUCUUGGACCCUUCUGCGCCUCGCCCUGUUCUGGGGACAGAGGAACACACUGGUGAAAAUGCAAAAAUGCAGAAACUCAAGAGAGGAGCAACUCUCCGCUGGUUCAAAGAGACGCAGGCCCAGAAGGUCAUGCAGGAUGAUGGGGCCUUUCCAAGCUGGCUGCAUGGGAUGAUCAGUCGGAGGGAAGCUGAAAACUUGCUGAUUGACAAGCCUUUGGGUUGCUUCCUUAUUCGAAUCAGCCAGAGCCGACCAGGCUACACCCUGACAUACCGAGGUGAAGGCCGCUGCAGACACUAUAUGAUCCAGAUGCAGCCCAACGCACGCUAUGUCAUCCUGGGAGAAGACCGGGCUCACGCCUCACUUACCGAACUGGUUCGCUAUCACCAGACUGUGGGCAUCCAGCCUUUCAUGGAGAAACUGACUGUUCCCUGUGGGCAGAAAAGUGAGUGUUUGGAUUACAAAGAUCUGGAGUGCCUCACACUGAGCCUGCCAACAGCCG